AUGGGAGAUUCUUAUUACGGCUAUCCCCCUCCCCAAACUUCUAACCGCCAGCAACAUGGAGACCAGUACGGAUAUCCAGUUUCACCUAGUCAGGAACAACCUGGAUCUGAUGUAUAUGAUCCUGCCUUCACUCAAAGUGAUAUUGAGCAUCCCAAUCCCAACUACCCUCAACCUCCAUUUCAGUCAGAGAACCAGCCUUCUACACCAGUACCCUAUGGUGAAAACAACUUUAGCGAGGAUAGCGAGUUCUUUCUCCAUGUGGAUCCCAAGGUGAAAGCCCACGGCAGCCCAGAUUUCAAACUAUCAAACUGUCAAGGACGCAAGAAGGCCCUUUUAAUCGGCAUCAACUAUUUCAAUACAGACAAUGAACUCAGUGGCUGUAUCAAUGAUGUUCACAAUAUCAAGCAAUUUAUUACCUCCAUGUACGGGUUUCAGGAAGACGACAUGGUGAUUUUGACAGAUGAUCAAGACAGAGAUACCAAAUUCUAUCCCACAAAGGCCAAUAUCUUAUCUGCUAUGGAAUGGCUCGUCUCUGAUUCACAGCCUAAUGAUUCCUUCUUUUUCCAUUACAGUGGCCAUGGUGGCCGCGUCCGUGAUGAAGAAGGCGAUGAAGACGAUGGCUACGAUGAAACAAUAUACCCCGUUGAUUUUGACAGCUAUGAAGGAACCUCAGGGCAGAUUAUUGACGACCAAAUGCAUGACAUUCUGGUUAGACCACUCUGCAAAGGAAGUCGUUUGACUUGUAUUUUUGACAGCUGUCAUUCAGGCACAGCUCUCGACUUACCGUUUGUGUACUCUACAAAAGGUGUCAUCAAAGAUCAGAACCUUUUCAAGGAUGCUGGAAAAGGUUUAAUCUCUGCUGGUAUCUCUUAUGCUUCAGGUGAUACCCAAAGAGCCCUCUCUUCAUUGAUUGAGCUCGGAAAAGGCAUCUUUGCUGCUCGCGAUGUGGAAGAAGAACAAAGACAACGUAACUUUUCAGAAGCAGAUGUCAUUAUGUUUUCAGGCUGCAAAGAUGACCAAACUUCUGCUGAUGCUCAAGAAGCUGGAAAAUCAACUGGUGCUAUGAGUUAUGCCUUCACAACAACAUUGAGACAGAAUCCCAAUCAAUCAUACCAAGCAUUGCUCAACAGUGUGCGUCAAAUUCUUCGCGACAAGUAUUCCCAACGUCCUCAAUUGAGUGCAUCUCAUCCUAUCGAUGUAAACCUUCAGUUUGUCUGCUAA